GCCUGGCUUUGGACAUCGGCGCAGGUAUCUGUGCUGCUGUGCUCAUCCCGCGCCACCUCGGUUUUUUUCUCGAAAGGAAAGGAAAAAAAAAAAACGAACGGAAAGGAGAAGUGGAACUCUCAAAGGGUUACUAUGCAAUUGCGACUGAUUUCUUGGUUUUUUAUCGCUUUGAACUUUAUGGAAUACAUUGGCAGCCAGCACGCCUCCAGGGUACGGCGACAGGGAAGAAUGCAUCCUAACGUGAGCCAGGGUUGCCAAGGAGGGUGUGCUACAUGUUCGGACUACAAUGGAUGCCUGUCAUGUAAGCCCAGACUCUUUUUUGUUCUGGAGAGGAUCGGCAUGAAACAGAUCGGAGUAUGUCUUUCCUCGUGUCCAAGUGGAUACUAUGGGACACGGUAUCCUGACAUUAACAAGUGUGCAAAAUGUAAAGCUGAUUGUGAUACCUGCUUCACCAGAAACUUCUGCACAAAGUGUAAAAGUGGGUUUUACUUAUACAGUGGAAAGUGCCUUGAAAAGUGCCCCGAUGGGCUGGAAGCCAACAACCACACAAUGGAGUGCACUAGUAUUGUGCACUGUGAAGCUAGUGAGUGGAGUCCAUGGAGCCCUUGCACAAAGAAAGGAAAAACAUGUGGUUUCAAAAGAGGAAAUGAAGUAAGGGUCAGAGAGAUCGUACAACAUCCGUCAGCAAGGGGCAAUCCUUGCCCAGCUACAAGCGAGAGCAGAAAAUGUAUGGUACAAAGAAAGAGAUGUCAGAAGGAAGGAAAAGGGAAAAAAAAUAGGGAGGAAAAAAGAAAAAAGUCCAACAAAGACGAAAGUAAGGAGUCAAGACAGGAAAGCAAAGGGCGAGCAGCCCGAAGGCAAAACCGAGAGCAGAGGGAAAACAACAACAAAACGCAGCCGAAGAAACGAAAAGCCCCCAGUAAAGAACAGGACCUGGCACCCGUCGACACUGCACAUUAACAGCCUUCCAUGAUUGUUUGAGUCUUAUGAUGCUGCUAUCUCUACCAGAUCGCCCUGAUAGGUGCUCCCACCAUUCAGGCCGCAAAUGGACAAUGCUACCAGUUACUAUUAAACUUUAAACAACAUUCCAAAUACUUCCUAUAUUCUCCAAGCAAACAUAGUUUAUUAAAGAGAUUGAGAUGAGCCAAGAAAAAGUCUAAUAAUGGGAUACUUUAGAACUGUUAUAUUAUAUGCUUCCAUGCAUCUGUAAAAGGCAAUUAAGAAAUUUUGUAUAUAUUAAUAAUAGGGUAUAAAAUAUAGCAAUAUAAUAAUGAAUGACAUUCAGAUGAACAAUGUUCUUUUUCUUUGUAAAAUAUUUUUCAAGUUAUUGUUUAAGUAUGAGGCAAGAGAUAUGUCUAAAUCAAAGACGCAAAUCGUAUCCCUUCAUAUAUUGUACAUAACUAUUACGAGAAGGAGGAAAACAUUUCUGAAGAGCCAGGAGGAACCAAGGGUUUUAUAACCUCUGGUGGAGCAGAGUGGAAUUGCCUGUGGUUCCCUGGUCCGUGCUCCAGAUGUGGAUGAGAGACACCAGGGGAAAGUCUGCAGGGCUUCAAAAGCUGAGGGAAGAGAAGCAGAAAUGUCUGCAGCUUUGAAGACUGAAUCCCUGAGGCAGAAAGAGACGGUGCUGAGCUUGAAUAGCACUCUUAUCUGUGGGACAACAGAAUGUUUUCUGGUCUGAACAGUGGUACAGUGUGUGCUGUUUUACGCUUUUUAUACCUAUGUGUAACUUAAGUCUACAUUUCAAAUCUUCUGGUGAAUGACAAAUCGUAUUUGUAGGAGACAAUGUUGAGUUAAUAAAAAACAGAGAAAUAGAC